UUAACCCUAUCAAAUAGGGUUGCCGUCUAUCGAUAGUUAGCCAUAACAGCUAAUUAGUUACUAAAACAGCGACAAUCCUGCGCAGCCGACUUUGACAGCCUUCAAAGUGAAAAUUCUUCCUUAGAAAAAGAAGAACAGGUCAUUUCAUAAACGAACGUCGUGCGGUGAAAGCUGAUAAUCUAAAAGCCUUCGGAAAAAAACUUAAAACCUUCUUUAAAAAAGAAAAAAAAACUUUCUCGUUUUUCUUAUAAGAAAAUAUUCAAGCCAAAGUGAAGAUGAAUUCAAGAAACGAAUUUAAGAUCCAGACUAGCGUUUGGAUUAACAAGAGCUAUUCGGCGGUGCUGAAGGGACCUGCUGUACAUCAGGUUCAAUGUGCUCCGGGAAUCUUUCGUCGUGUGCCGGUGGCGCCGCGUGAGCGGGUCUAUCACCUUCGAAGUGACAAGGGAGCUGCUGCAGGGUGCUCCCGGCACAACGACUAUCCUAUGGAUGACCUGGCACAUAGGUUCGUCAACUUGUCCAUGGUCUCGAAGCCAAACAUAAAGGUUCGCGGUUGCAAUGAGCCAUUCUUUGCCAGCAACUUAAAGUAUUAUCCCCACUUGCCGCAGCCGGCACGGGUGCGCUAUUACCAGACCUACGCCGAGAUCAAGGAAAUGAUGACGUUGGAGAAGAUUCCGGAGGAGCCCGCUAACUCUGAGGAGCAUGAGAUUCUUGAUUGUUCCAAGACCGUGGAACUGCCAGAUGAGCCAAUAAGAUCGGCUCCAAAUCGCCGUUACUCGAUGAGCCGUGGCCGCAAGGGCAUUCAUACCGAUGUGGCUCUGGCUAAUAUUUUCCAGUCGGCCGGCAACAAUCUGCUUCGUCAACCUCCACCCAGUAUCCAACGUCAGUUCCAGGUCCGCGAUUCUCUAUUGUCCCGUCUCGCUAACCGUCAUGAGGAGUUGCAUGGCGGCGGCUUGAACGGACCGCGUCGCCUUCAGCCCGAUUGGUGUCCCACCGAAAUCGACGUCAAUGUGACCACCACUGAACCCUCCAAACCGGAUGUUUUGUUCUUCUUGGAUUAGGCUGACAAGGCUAACAAGGAAA